AUGAGCUCCUUCAGCAAUGAAAAGGCAGAGAGCGCCACUGCUGAGGAGAAAGCUUACGACUCUCGCCAUGAGCUUGAUAGAACCGACACACACGAAACACACGAUGCAUUGCAUGUGCACAACGACCUUGCUCACAAGGGUGAUGAUUCAGAUGGUGAGGUCGACUGGACUUUCAGAACCAUCAUAGCCGCACUUUCUCUGGGGGGUCUUUACACGGGUUCCCAAAUCAUGCUGUACUUUGUCGGCGGCUGCUUAGCCUUUAUCCAAACCGAUCUACACGCAGAGAAAAACGGUUCAUGGUUGCCAGUGGCAAAUACUCUAGCGAUUACAGCCGUGGCACCUUUCACUGGCUACCUUCAGGACCUCCUUGGCCGACGAAACAUAACACUUGUCGGGUCCAUCAUUAUUAUGGUUGGAAUUUGCUUGAUUGGAGGCGCACAGAACUUCCCAAUGGGUGUCGCUGGGAUGGCACUGUCGGGAGCAGGCGCUGGCAUCUGCGAACUAACAGCUCUCGCUGGGAUCUCAGACAUUGUACCCGUUCGCAAACGAGGUCUCGCACUGGCUUUGAUGACGGGAUGCAUUAUCCCAUUCACGCCGUAUGUGAUGUACUCUCAACUAUUGUCGACGUAUCACACUUGGAGAUGGGGCCAGUGGAUCUCUCUCAUUUGGAACGGUCUCGUCUUUAUUGGGCUUGCCACGACCUAUUUUCCCAAGGCACAUCCAAGAAUGGAAGGAUUCUCCAAGAGCAAGAUUCUUGCGCGAAUUGACUAUGUCGGUGCAGUUCUAUCCAUCACGGGGAUCACCAUAUUCCUGGUUGCUCUACAGGCAGGCGGCUAUAGCCAUCCUUGGGCCAGCGCCUAUGUCCUUGCACAACUACUCAUCGGGAUCUUGCUCAUCGCUGCUUGGAUCGCGUGGGAAAUUAAAUUUGCAAAGUUCCCCAUGGUUCCCAAAGAGAUGUUUCAGGGUCAGCGAAUCGUCGGCCUAGCCUUCUUCAUCGCUUUUGUCGCCGGGAUGGACUUUUACUCCGUCAUCAACUUCUUCCCGCUCUCCUUCGGUGCUGUCUAUGAUCCUGAUCCAGUACAGGUCGGACUGAAGGGACUAGGGUAUGGGAUAUCCACAACUAUUGGUGCAGUGUUCUUCAAUGCACUGCUCUCAACCAAGAUUCCUGCCAAGGUUAUCCUCUUGGUCGCUACAGUUCUCAUGACUGCGUUUGCUGGCGCAUUGGCGGCGACAACACCCGAUACAGCCAAGAUGGCCGUCGCCUUUGGUACCAUUGGCUCCUUUGGAAUUGGCGGCGUGCUUGUACCUUCAGCGACGAUUGCUCUGAUUGUCGUGCCUGACACCCUUCUCGCCACCACCGCGGCACUGUCUCUCUCCAUCAGAACCAUCGGCGGCUCCAUCGGUUUCAGUAUCUACUACAAUGUCUUUGUUAACAAACUUACAAAGGCACUACCUGAGAAAGUUGCCGAGUACGCUAUCAAGGCAGGGUUGUCUGUCGUAGACGCACCUGGGUUUGUGACUGCUUUCUUAACCGCCCCUGCAACUCUUGCUACUACCCCUGGCUACACCCCCGAAAUCGCCGCAGCUGCAACGAUCGGCACGAAAUGGGCAUACGCAUACGCACUCAAGUAUGUCUGGUAUUGCAGCAUUCCUUUCGGUGCCUUGGCCAUCAUUUCGUGUACCCUCAUGCCAAGUAUCAAGGCAUACCAGACCAACCGUGUCGCAGUUGCACUGUGA